AUGAUCCAUGCCGUCCUCAUAUUCAACACCAACGGCAAGCCCCGCCUCUCCAAGUUCUUCACCCCACUCCCGCCCCUCGUACAGCAGUCCCUCAUCUCCCAGAUCUUCUCCCUCAUCCAAGACCGCCCAGCCGGCGUCUGCAACUUUCUCGAUGCCCCAGACCUUGUCUUUCCCACUCCCCAGUCCCUGAAAGACACCAAGGAGAGAGAAAGAAGCUCUGUGGGAGACAAGAUUGCUGUGGCCGAAGACGAUGACACCCGGGUAAUCUACAGGCAUUAUGCGACGUUGUACUUUGUCUUUGUUGUCGAUGGGGCGGAAAGUGAAUUGGGCAUUUUGGAUUUGAUACAAGUCUUUGUAGAGUCUCUGGACCGAGCGUUCGAGAAUGUCUGCGAGUUGGAUUUGAUAUUCCACUUUGAUGAAGUCCACCAUGUCUUGUCUGAAAUCAUACAAGGCGGACUCGUCCUGGAAACAAAUAUCAACGAGAUCUCCGCGUGUGUGCGAGGCGCCACAAAGAACAGGAAAGAAUCAGCAACUUCAUCCAACACCCUGAUUCCCUCUGUUCUAUCUGCACCAGGCGGGAGAGGCGGUAGUGCCGACGGCCCGAGGCGGUGGUUGGCCGCCAUGGGCGUAUAA